AUGAACCAAAGAUGCGAUGAACUACAACUUUUGAAUUUUAUAGAUAGAUAUAUAUAUAUUGUUGAGUACAUUACGAUAAUGGUAAAAGAAGGAGAGAAAGCACCAACAUUUAAAUGUUUAGAUGAUAAGGGAAAAGAGAGAACAUUACAAGAGUUUAAAGAUAGGAUACUAGUACUAUUCUUUUAUCCAAAGGAUGAGACUGCCAUCUGCACAAAGGAAGCGUGCACGUUCCGUGACCGUUAUGAAGACUUUGUAAAGGAGGGUGCCGAUGUCAUAGGUGUGUCAGAGGACAACCAAGACUCACAUCAACGAUUCUCUUCAAAACAUCGAUUACCCUUUACACUGCUCACCGAUCAAGACGGUCAGCUGGCAAAGAGCUACGGUGUCGAAAAGGAAGCAUUCAUCUUUAAAGGUAGAACUACCUUUAUCAUCGGUCCAGAAGGAAAGAUAGCUUGUAAAUACUCUUCUCAACUCAAUUACAAUGCUCACGUUGAAACUGCUUUAGAAUAUUAG